UUACAGGCUAAAGAACUGUAAGAAUGAGAAGGCUUCACUCUCUGUUUACAGCUGGGCAGCUGUAUGUAUGGGGACGAAACAUACCAGAGGCAUACAAGACAAGUGUUGUGGUCCAGGUGACAAAGCCUCUCCACACAUCACCACCUCCUGGUCCUCCGCAGGCAUCAUCCUCCUCCCAGCGCUCUGUGUUGACUUAUGAAGAUGUAUUUACCCAGGAGGAGCGUACCAAAUCCUCUUUUGUCCAAGUGCUGAAACUAUUUUGCAAUAACGAUGUUAGGAGAAGAGGCCACGUAGAGAUGAUUGAGGUGGCACUCAAAUGGAUGCCAGAGUUUGGGGUUGAGAAAGACCUAGAAGUUUACAACCAGCUGCUUGAUAUAUUUCCCAAGGAAGUCUUUGUGGCCCAAAACUUCAUUCAAAGAAUGUUUCAUCAUUUCCCUCGUCAGCAGGAAUGUGCCAUCAGGGUACUAGAGCAGAUGGAAAACUAUGGUGUCAUGCCAAACAGCCAGACCCGAUUCUUACUGCUGCAGAUUUUUGGUGAGCGCAGUCAUCCAAUAAGAAAAUAUCAGAGACUGAUGUACUGGUUUCCCCGGUUUAAACAUACCAACCCGUUCCCAGUACCUGCUGAUAUAACUGAUCCUGUGGACCUGGCGAAGGUGUGUCUGCAGCGCAUAGCCGCAGACAGGGAUGCACGUGUUACUGUUUAUCAUAUGUCCCCAGAAGAGGAAUGUGAAAGUGGGAAUCAAGAGCAUAGGCACCUUGUGGGUAUUCAGUCUCCUGAUCAGAUGUCAUCACUUGCUGCGCAUGAUCCUAGUGUUCCAGUCAUUGUUGAGGGCCCUUUUCCUCUCUGGCUAAGGAAGACUUGUGUGUAUUACUACAUACUGCGUGCUGAUCCCCUCCCUCAGAAGCAGGAGGAGGAAGUGGACCCAGAGCGGUGUUUCUAUUAUCCACUUAGCCUGGAUUUAGAGCUGGAGAGAGAUCUUGGUGAUGAAGAAACCUUUGAUAUUGAUGAUGUUGAAGAAGGUCCUGUUUUUGCCAUGUGCAUGGCAGGUUCAGGAGAUGAGAGGACACUAGGAAAGUGGAUCCGAUCUCUUCAGGAGACCAACCCAAUUCUUGCUCAAACACCAGUCCUCUUUCGUCUCAACUCAGGUCCCCAAGAACUGAUAUCAUCCGAAGAAAGAGAAACUGAAUCCAAACCUAAGGAACAAAAACAGGAGGAACAGUUUGAAGAGGAAGAUCAGGAACCAGUGAAUCGUAGAAUGGGACAGAAACAAUGAAUUUAUUGUGGAAAUUCCUUGAAACCUAUACAAAUAUAUAGGCUUCUAUAAUAAAUAUGGCACCUCUAGAAUUUAGUGGUGCUACUGUAGCCAGAGACUAGAGACAAAAAAAUAAAUCAUAGGACUUCUACAGCUUUAUUUGUCUGAGACAAUUGACUAGUCUCUAACUGCUAAAGGUAGAAUUACAAACAGGCAUCCUAAUAAUUGUAAUACAAGUGAGUGAAUGACUGAAUCUUUUUAUGCCCUUUGUAAUGCGACACAAAGCUAUACACACUUUCCUUGUGUAUAAUGCAUUUUAAAGGUGAUCCACAUCCAUAUGACUAAGGGGGUAUUGAAAUAACAGAAGCCUCCACCAUUUUUGCAUUAUAGAAUUCAGUCUUUGUAAUGUGUGCAAGCUAUUCAUAAUGCAGGAACAUAUGUUUCUGCAAGGAUGUAUUAAAUAAGUUAUUUAAAAAAAAA